CGUGAACACGUGAUUGACUGAAUUAACAACGAUACGUCGUAAGUGGAUAAAUCGAAGAAACACAGGUGAUUCAUUAUGAGGUGCAACGAUGAUCUGUUCGAUCGUACGAAGAAAAUUCAACGUGCUUGUCGUUGAAACUGGUCGCUGACAGUUUCAACAGAGGCAAGGAUAAAAUUGGAAGAAUGUGGCGGGAGCAACAGAAACAGGUGUAUCUACACCCUCAACAUCCGCAACAACAGACACUUCAUCCAGGGAUCAUCGGCACGAGCGAGAGGACCCAUCACCAUCACGAUCAACAUCAUCGAACGACCACAAUGGAUUUGCCGGCUCCAAGCAAUCCAAGAGCGUCACGGAACAUGGCAGAGAAACAACGCCGCGACAAUCUCAACACAAACAUCUCUGCAAUGGCUGUACUUGUACCUACUGUCGCCGAGAGUUCGAGGAAGAUGGACAAAAUAUCCAUCCUGAGAUUAGCUUCCGCUUUCCUCAGAAUAGACUACACGGUUGGACGUGGCACACCUGACUUUCUACCACGAGAACUCGGCGACCUGGACUUGGAACAAUACAUCAUCGACAACUUGAUCGGAAACGGGGGCUUCUUUAUCAUUGUCACGACCACAGGGAAAAUAGUAUACGUCAGCCGGCAAGUCCACGAGCACCUAGGCCAUACGCAGAGGGAUCUAUUGGGCCAAACCCUCUUCCACUAUGUCCACCAAGAGGAUCACGAGGUGUUGACGAAGAACAUAACGCCAGACGAGAUGCAGGGAAUGGUAUCCUCGUCCACUCUUCAGAUCACCGACGGGACAAACGACAAUUCCAAUUCAUCAGAGGACUCGACGACGUCCCCGAGGAACGAAAGGAGACCGUUCCGGGAACAGAGACGAAGCUUCGAGCUGAGAAUGCAGCAUCGUACCGCGUCGAGGCGCGAGGACACGCAAUACGAAUGGUUCGAGAUCUCCGGAAUGCUCAGGCUCGCGGAUGCUUGCAAAAAUUCCGAUUCGAACGCUAAGCGAGCGAAACAUCGAGAAAUCAAUUCAACCAGCAACGACAUCGUUUUUGUGGGUAUAGCACGGUUGCUCAUGAGGCGGCCUAUCACCAAGAUAUCGAUUAUAGACGCAAAUAAGGACGAGUAUAUCACACGGCACUUGGUAGACGGAAGGAUCAUUUACUGCGAUCACAGAGUAUCGGUGGUGGCUGGUUACUUAUCAGAGGAAGUCUCGGGUAAGAGCGCCUUCUGUUUCAUGCACAGAGAUGACCGUCGCUGGGCGAUGAUGGCACUUCGUCAAAUGUACGAUCGUGCAGAGACCUGUGGAUCCUCCUGCUAUAGGCUAACCUCGAAAACUGGAGAACCUAUCUAUUUACGCACUCAUGGAUACCUGGAAGUCGAUAAGGACACGCAAAAAGUAGUAUCUCUUGUGUGCAUAAACACACUAGUAUCGGAGGAGGACGGUAUAAAGUUUAUCGAGCAGAUGAAGAAAAGAUUUUCGGCUACGGUGACAGAGGCCAUGAGGGCGAUGAUUCAAAGUGGAGAUGACGACGCGUCACUUGAUUUGGGCUCAGAUUCGCCACGUUCAACUUCGAAGAGUAGCGUGGAAGAUCCCUCGCAGUUAGAGGAUGCUAUCACGUAUUUAGUUAGCGAUCUGUCGUCACCCCUUCCAGAGGAUUGUCUCACAGCAUCGCCUGUACCAAACGAACAAUACGUGAAAGCCGCCAUGGUCUCACAACACUUACCUCCAGCUGAAGCUCAAGCGAGAAAACUCGGUAUUAAAAAAUUGGACCACUAUUUGGUGGUACAAGGUGGCAAGGCAAAUAGAAAUCAGAAGGAGUCAAAGAAUAACAAUAAACAUGAUUCUGAUUUGAACAAGAGGCAAGAAAAUGCGAGGUCACCGGGGAAGGGAAUAACGUUGCACGAUGUAACGAAUCAGACGCACAGUGUACACGAUGACGCACAAAGUGAACAGUUUUCACCGCAAGUGAACAGUAUGAUGACAAACGAUUCAACUAUAGAACCAUGUAUGAGCACUCCGCGAGACCUUAGGACGUCUCAUCUUGAUGUUCCUCAAAAUAUGGACAUUUUGAGUCCUACUUUAACAAUCCAGGAACCUGCUUCAAAUGAAUCAAGUUCACACACGUUCAGCGAAAGCAGUCCAUGCAAUAUUACAGUCGACCAUAGCAUGGAUGUUUACAAACGUCAGCAAGAGCCUAUAAUGGACUAUCUUGAGAACGUGGUCGAUAACACUGUUCCUUCCGACUCGAAAAGCCAUCAGUACUUGUUGAAGAGGAUAUACAGUGAUGAAGACAUUAGGACAAGUUGCAAUAAAAAAAGACACAGUAACAUUCGUUACGUGUCAACCGAUAACGAUGAACAGCAGAACAUGCCGUAUGUCGGCUGCAAAUCUUUCGUUGGCGAAGAAUAUUCAGAACUUUCAACGGACUUCAAUCAGUACAACAGUAUGAAUCCUCAGUCGCUGAAGGUCGCGGAAUCACCGAAUUUGACUUUAAACGAUGUCAUAGUUGAUUAUCAACAAGUGGACUCUAGCAUGCCACUUAUACCUCCAACCCCUGAUGACGAUCAGUUUAUCGAUCUUCACGAUUUAAAGGACGACCCGUUGCUGAGCCCAAGCCUGGAUGCAAAUCCAGAUCUUAUAAUGAAAAUACUUGAUGAUUUUGAAAGCAGCUUCAAUGAAACGAAAGUACAACAACUAACCGACAACAAUGCAAUCAAUAAUGAAAUAAGAAGGAAACAUAUUCAGCUCAUGAAUAGUAUGGCGUUACAAGAAUCGCAGCUCAACGUUCUGGCACAGGACCUGAAAAAUCCAGCCUUGCAAGCAAAAAGAGGAAGUUUAACACCAUUGCAGGCAGAACAUAAUAUGCAGAAACAAAUCCUUGAAACACUGCAACAACAUCACCAUAAUAUUCAAGUGAACAUAAAACACAAUAUCGGUGUAUAA